AUGUUUUGGGAUAGGGAAUGCUCAUGUAGAAGGUGCCAUGGUUGGAGAACUAUCUUUCAUGUGCCCCGAGUUUAUUCAGGCAUGGCCGGAGCUAUAACAUCUGCUUUGAGACUUCUUACCAAAGCAAUAUUUGAUAAAUCUCCUAACGGUCUACGGAAAGGCGCUUUUUUAUUCUUAGCAUUUUCGAUUUCGAUCGAGUUUGUUUGCAUGGUUCUCUACAUACACAUAUUUCCGAAGCUACAAAUAGUGAAGUAUUAUUAUGUGAAGGCCAAAUCAAACCAUUUAGAAGCAGAAGAAACAAGAAUCGUGCGGUUAAGCAACAAAGAAUUGCUCUAUCAAAACAUGGACCUCGCAAUCAAUCUUUUCCUAAUCCACGUCUUGACAUUGUCAAUAUUUCCUGGAUUUUUGUAUGAGAACACAGGAGAACAUGAGCUCGGUUCAUGGUACUCUCUUGUACUUGUUGCUUCGUAUAACGGAUGGGAUGCUCUUUCAAGAUAUAUUCCUCUAAUCAAGUACCUGAAAAUUGAAUCAAAAAAAUGGAUCACUGCAUGCGUGCUUAUGCGUUUCUUGUUUGUCCCGGCUUUUUACUUCACUGCAAAAAAUGCAGAUCAAGGCUGGAUGAUAAUAUUGACAUCUAUUUUGGGAUUGACUAACGGUUAUCUAACUGUUUGCAUUCUCGCAGUUAAACCUAAGAGCAACUACAAUGUUUUGGAGACGGAUGCUUUGGGGAAUUUGCUUGUAGCUUUUAUGUUCGGAGGGAUUUUUGCAGGAGUAGGAGUCCACUGUCUUCAUGGAGCAUCUUCUUCUGUAUUGAAAUGA